AUGAGCCGCUGGAGACCAAUUCGCGAGAUGUGGAAGGGCCGGGCCCUGGACGCCGAGCGCAACAGCUGCAGCAGCACUGACGACGACAAUGACCACCCCAUGGACGUCGACGUCAUCGACUUGGAUGUACUGGCAGAGGACUUGUUCAUGUCCUCAUCGAGCUCCAGCGAGGAGGAGGAAAUCGAGUCGCGCAAGUCGGCCCCUGAGCCAUCUGCAGUGCCGCUACCGCCGGGUCAAUGGUUGCCGCCCCUGCCUGCAGAGUCACCUCCGUCCCCGCCACCCCUGCCGGCAGGGUCACCACCGCCCCUGUCACCCCUGCAUGCAGAGCCGGUGCAGCCGCUCCUCCCCGAGCUGCCCCUGCGCCUGGGGACGCCCCGCGUGGAGCCAUGUGAGGAUCCGGAGAAGGAGAACUCACAACAGGCUGGCCCCUCUCGCCCCACACCUACAUCUGCCACUGUCGAGGACGAAGGGGUACCAACUCCAUGGUUGUGGAGCAAUGCUGCCGACCCCCUGGGGCUGUUUGGUCCUGUCCCCGCUGCCUCGCUUCGCGGAGUCGCGGCCCGGGUGUCACAGUCAGCUGCUCGCGGGAGGCGUGACGGUGUCGUCCAACCUGUUCACGAUGACCACGUGCCUGCACGGAAAAGGAUUACGCCCCUUCGCCCACCAACUUUGCGUGUUGCUUCGCUUCACGCAGCACCCCCUGAAGCAGUUACGUCUGAACCUGCCUUCCCUGCGCCUGUACGACGUAGGGUCGCACAUGUUCAACCCACAACCUCGCGUGAUGAGCAGAUCACUCCAUCUGCGCCUGUCCUGCGUGACAUCACCCCCGUUCAACCUCCGCGGGAUGUGCAACCAACCGCACGUGUGACUGCCCAGCGUGUCAAUGCGCCUGUUCGAGCCCCUGUUCGAGCCCCUGUUCAGCCUCCUCGAGGAGCUCACCGUGGUGUGCAUAUGCGCGGAGGGAUGUUCCGAGGAGCUCAUCAUCGCGGUGGGAUUCGCACACGGGGUGGACUGCCUUCUGUUUUGAACCGCUUGGGGCCACACCCAGGCUCCAUGCCGAUGAUUGAAGGGGGUACUAUGGCUUGUCCCUACCCCCACCUAUGGCCGAGUUCGGAAUGGCCUUUAUAUUUUACAGUGAGAGGUCCGCGACCAGGGUCCUAUUGGUCAUGGAGAGGACCAGUCGAGUAGGAUUUGUCUACUGACAUUUAUCUGAUUCUUUCAAUGACUUUGUCAUGUGAGUUUUGUCAUUGCAUUUCUUUGCAUCUAUCUGACUUUUCAAUGACUUUGUCGUGUGAGUUUUGUCAUUGCAUUUCUUUGCAUCUAUCUGAUUUUUCAAUGAGUUUGUCGUGUGAGU